GAUGCAGUUAAAUAUCCCACGCUCAGCAUCGUCCUUGACAAUACUGCAUAGAAUGGGGUAAAUCGGAGUGAGUCUGACGACAGAAAAUUACACACUAUAUUUCCAAAUCCGAGGCUAAACUUUAUUUAUUAAUAACACUGGCCAUUGAUAAAGGUUGCUGACCUGCUGUAACUGUUUGUCCAACAAUGGAAAAGUGGCCACCUAAAUUUACACCGGCUAUUAUAAGCCUCCUGAAACAUACAAAGGAAUUAUUCCUGAUGACACCUAUAAAGCGUAAGUGAAAGUGUUUACGUUAUAAGAACAGCAAGAUCACUUUUAGGGCGCCAGCCAAUGAUCUCCAUCAGCGCCGGAUGACUCUGCACGCUGAUUGGUCGACAUCAACAGUCACAUCAGCUGGUUUAUUCUAUUGAUGUUAUUUUUGCUUCAGACACGAAUACAAGGAUCGUAGCUCACAGACACAAACAUCAUUAUUUAAUGAAGACCGCGGAAGCGUGGAUAGUUUGUUUUGCAAGACGUCUACUUGUCAACUUUAUCCUGCAACCUGAUUUUGUUGGGGUUCCCCCGAUGCUCCAACCUAUUCUAUUCUCUUACAUAGAAACGUGAUUAAUGUAAUUUCCAGAAUAUGUCGCACAUUUGUUGCCAUCUAAAAGUCAUUGUAAAGGAUUAUUAGAGUGAAAACAAGAAGAACAGUGUUUUGGGAUUGCCAUGGCACCGACAAAGAAUGAUCAAAAGCCAGAGCCCGGAGACCUCAUUGAAAUCUCCCGAGGCUUAUACCAGCACUGGGCUAUUUAUGUUGGUGAAGGUUAUGUGAUUCACCUGGCACCACCCUCUGAAGAUGCUCAAGCUGGACCCUACAGUAUGAUGUCAGUAUUAUGUGACAAAGCUACAGUGAAGAAAGAAGAACUUUAUGAAGUAGUUGGGAAUGAUGAAUACUGUAUCAACAAUCUUCUGGAUGAGAAAUAUGAGCCACGUCCUGUUCGAGAGAUUCUACAGGAUGCACACAGAUUUUUGGGACGAGAACUUCCAUAUUGUGUCUUUAGAGAGAACUGUGAGCACUUUGUUACGGAGCUGAGAUACGGAAAAUCACAGUCCCGCCAGGUGCGGAACGCAGUGGAGAUUGGUGUUGGAGUUGGUCUUGCUGUAGCAGCUACCUUUGGAGUUCUUGCUGCUGCUGCAGCCAUAUUCGGUUCAAAAGACAAACAGAAACAGUAAAGACUGGGAAAUGAAGAAGUGAAAGCACAAUUGCCUUUGAUAUUUAAAGUCUAUAAAAUGUUUAUUGCAUUUAAUGGAAAUAAUUAAAACAUUUAAUGUAUGGAUUAAGCAAGCUUAGUUUUAUGAGCACAAAUGGAAAUAUUCAUAAACAGAAUUUAAGAGAUUGUCAGCAACCAAACAAAAUCCCAUCUGUUGUUGUUUGAGGACUACUGCUACUGACAAAUCUCUGCCUGAAGGAUUUUUUUAAAUUAAUAUUUUUCUUUUUCUUUAUACUGGUUUUCUAAUAACAUCUCAAGCAUUUUAAUAACCAUAUAAUCAAAAAUAGGCUGAAUAUUUGACCAAAUGAAUCCUAAAAUAAACUGCCAUGUUUCUAUU